AUGUCUACCGCAUCGGAUACGCCGGUUCCUACGGCUUCAAUGGACGUCGAAGCUAUGGACAUCGAUUCCAGCGUCAAGCCAUCCACAACCACGGCCAAUCCCACCACGAUAGACGACGACGACGAUGACCCCGUCACUGCGACUUACAACAUCUUCAUCAACCCCGCACUUCCUCUUGGCCGCCGUCUGCUUGUCCUCCAACACCCCAACCGUACCGAUGAUGCUCCCCGCCCUCCACCCACCGAGCUGCGCGUGAAGGCUCAGGCUGGCAUGGUCGAAGUAGAUGUGCCUCUCGACAACACUGUCGCCUAUGAUCGUGAGAAGGGUCUCAAGUGGGGAAAGACACUGCAUACUUCUAUGGCUACCAAGAAUGGCGGCAGUCACGGUCUGGCUGGUGGUUUUGGCUUUGGUACUGUUCAGGCUCGGGGUGGGCGGAAGAAGACCGAGGCGGAUGAGGAUGAGAGCUUGGACUGGACAGAAGCUGUUAGACAGGAUAAAGUACUUCGAACACAAACGCUCGGUGGACAGUAUCCUGAGUAUAAGGAGGUUCAGCACAUGGUUGGUGUCUUUCAAGGCAAGGACCUACAUCUCACGCCUGUAUCGUCACUCGUCCAUCUACGCCCUCAACUCCACCACAUCGAUGCAACAGUCCAACAAGAACGCCAGGCCGCAGCCACCAAGGACUCAGCUCCCAGCACAGCCGGCGGCACGGCGCGUGCUAUCCACAUGACCGUCAAGGCCACCGGCGAUGGCGAGACCGUCACUACCGAGACCAUGGCCGACCGUCUACGGUCUGUACAAACAGAGCAUUGGCGCACCAUGCACUACACAGAUGAGAACGAGGAGGCCGCAUGGGAAGUUUAUAACGAAAGUCUUUUCCUACGUCCUGCAGAAGAAGAGGGUGCUGAAGGAGAUAAGAAGGCCGACGAUGCUGAGGAGGUCGAACCAGUGCUCGAGGAAUCCGUGCCCAAGUUUGCUCGUCGGUGGGAUGACGAUGAGCUUCUGGAAGCCGUGAGUGGUAUCAAGAAGCCAGUACCAGCACCAGCUCCCGAGCCUGUUAAGAAGACCGAGCCCAAGCAGGUCGCUCCCGCCAAGCAGCCAGAGCAGCCUGCACCAGAAUCAGAAGAGGCACGGAAACCCAAGCUUCGGCCACGAGGGGGUGCAGUGGGAGGUGUCGCUCGUCGAGGAGGCAAGCCUCGGGCUGCGACUUCAAAGACAGUCAACAUUGAUGAAUGA